AUGGCUAGCAAGACCGACGCGCCGCCGCCCUACGGGGGCCAGCCCGAGGCGCCCAAGCCGACUUACGGGAACGAAUCGUCCAAUCCAUACGACCAGAACCGGCAGCAAGGCUACUAUCCUCCUGGCGGACCUGCCGGACCGCAACAGAACUACUAUCAGCAGCAAGGGCCGCCGCAGCAAGGAUACUACCAGCCUGGCCCCCAGAUGGGAUAUUACAAUCAGCAGCAGGGACCGUACCCCUCAGGCCAAGGCCCGUACCCGCCGCAGGGCCAGUAUGGUCCCGGCCCCGGACAAUACCAACAGGGCCCCGGCUACGUCCCGCAGCAGAGGCAAAGCGCAGCGCCAGGCAUUUGUGGAGGCCUGUUAGCUGGUCUCGCGUGUUGCUGUUGCUUGGAUCUCCUAUUCUAA